AUGUCAACUUGUGUAAUGAGCAACAGUACUCCAUUCAGUUCUACCGCUCAAGAACGUACUAUUGAGUUCCAAGAUAAUUUUUUCAACACUACUCUAUCCGACGACCUCUUUGACUCUUCUUUCUCAUUCAUGAACCCAGAUUCGAGCAAUAUGGAAUACUAUAUUGCCAGUCCGGAUGGUCGAAGGUCCCCUGAACCUCCCACCACCGAACAACAACAUAUCAAUCAUGAGGAUCAACCUCAAGGUCGUGAUGAGAAUAUGGGAGGUAACGAUAUAAAUAACCAUCAAAUCGAAAAUCGUCACUUCUCAUUAUCACCUUUGACAAUGACCGAUCCUCAUGCCAUCUUCUCUCAACCACAGGCCAACACCGAGAUCACCUCUGGCUCAUAUCCUUAUCCACCAUACGCCAUGACCUACGAAUCGAUAUCAGCACCUAGCACAAGCCACGGUUCCACCAAUGUCGCCCAUCAUCCUACCUUCUUCCACCCAUAUAGAUCAAGUGCUACCGGAGACUUCGCCAGAAAUCCUCGUUCUCCUCCACGAUCGCCAGCUCUCUCCUCAUCACCUCAUGGCUCCUCAGUCUCCCAUCGACUCUCUUUCGGAGCGCCGACUUCCGUCAGUCCAUCAUUGGUCAGCCCACAUAGCAUCGUAGGAUCUCAAUUAUCGGAUAACUCACCAAGUCAUCCAUACAUGUAUCAACUCCCUUUGACAUACGGUACACCCUUGACUAGCGUAUCAAAUCUCGCCAAUGUCUCACCAUCGGGUCCGGGAUUAUCGAUGGUAGCUGGCUUCCCUGUACCUACUCAACUUCAUCCCCAACAGACCAGUCCUCCAUCGAAAGGUAGACCCAUCACCCGUCCUAGACAGGCUCGAACGAAUAAUAAGAAAAUCAUCAAACAGGAGGAAGAUGAGAUAAGCGACGUAGAAGAGGAAGGUAAUACUGGAGGUAGUGGUGGUCUAGGGCUUUCGGCUGGUGCCAAUAACAACGAGGACAGAGUACCAGUCUCAUCCAAGCGGGAGGAUGUUCGAAAAGCCCGUAUCGAAAGCGAGCAGCGUCGACGUGAUGAACUUCGAGAAGGUUUCAAAAGACUCAAAGAAGCUUUGCCACCUUCCAAUCAAAGAGCUUCCAAAGUCAGCCUACUUGAUCGAUCCGUCGCGCAUAUUCAAUCGAUCGAAGCUGCCAACAGAUACUUACUGGGUCAACUCGAAGAUGCCAAUAGAGAAUGUACCAAGCUUCGAGAAAUUCUUCACAAUGACAUCGUCUUGAGACAGCGAACUGCUUCCAAUAGCCCUGGAUCCGGUUCUCAAGGCAACAGACCCCAAUAA